UAAGAGGCGUGCCCUUGCAUUCUCAGUUUUUUAUUCUCUCUCACUCACUCUCUCUCUCUCUCUCUCUCUUACCAACGGAGGACCUUCCGCGGACUCCAGACCCUCCUGGGUUCUCACGCGAGGAACAUCAACCGAAAUUUCGCGAAGAUUGUGUAGAUCGCAAGCGUGAAUGUGAAUGUGUGUGGGUUGGCAACGUGGCCCAGAAGAGAAUAAACAAGAGAGCGGAGCUUCGGCUAUUUUCAGCAAGGCCACGCAGUCACCCUCAUCCUCCCAACCAUUCACCAUCUCAUCCUCCACCCUCCCUUUUUCAUUUCUUUGAUCUUAUCUGUUAAAAAUGGUGAGCGAGACGAGCUCGUCGUCCUAUCGACACGAGGUGAUGUCCUCUUCGUCGGCGGGGAAGCAGCAGAAUUGGGAUGGACAGCUGAAUAAGUUGUUGGACGACCUGCAAACCAACAUGAGCGCUCCUGGAGGAAGGGGGGAAAUGAACAGUCACGGUCUCUACGGUAUCAUCAACAGCCCCGGACGAGUGACGAAACACAGCCGAGAGGAAUAUAUCUCUCCCGACAAGAAAGCCAAGUACUUCUCCGAAAAAUACGAAUGGCAAUCUGAGAUCGUCGACCAUACCAUGCAUUUGGGAGGAUCGGGAGCAGGGAGUCCGAAGUUGAAAUCGCCGGGCUACGUCAAGAAGACCUAUUACUCUUCCCGUUACGAUUCCGACGGAGUCCUUGCCAGCCCUGCAUCCGAACGAAGGCUAACUUUCCAGGAUGCGAAGCCCCAGGGACAUAAGAAGAGCUACCGGAGCUUCGUUGAUGAGGAGUUCCUAACGAAACGAUCCAGAAGCCAGAGUCCAGGUGCAGGUCCUGUGGUCACGAGUACUCCGUAUGGAAGCACGAACCGAAGACACGAGGAAUCCAACGUGGUUCGAUCCGUGUAUAACCGCAGUUACGACGAUGAACCGCUAGAUCCCAGCAGGCAUAAAUAUUCCCCCUCGGAUCCCUCCUACCAACUCUCCUCUCCUAAGACACCUCGACGCACUGCCAGCCUCGAUCGUCGCUAUCACGUGGAGAAAUAUGGAGUUCGGAACCGAGAAUCUUCGCUACCCCGAAAUGCUGAAUACGGGAGUGGAUCCUACGCGAAGAAAUAUCAACAUCAAUCCUAUCAAGGACAAGGAAGCUUGGAUCGAAUGAGUCGAAGGGACUACAGCCCUUCUUCCACAGCACGGAGACGAGAUGCAUCCCCGAUCCGACCCGGUUACGGACAGGACGGUGACCUGACCCACACGGAUAUCUAUCAGUCCAUCGAUCGAUCCACGACGCAUCGGAGCAGGCGGUCGUGGGGCCGGGAGGAUUCACCAUCGCCGACGCGGCUGAGAUCCGGUGAAUCCAGGUCCAGGUCCCCAUCCCGGUCUCCAUCCCGUCCUCGUCGGGAUGCAUCCCCUAUCCGACCCGGAUAUGGGUCUGAUGCCGACCCAUCUAACCUCGUCCGACAGUACAAUUAUCAGUACAUGUGGUCGUCGAGGGAGCAACGAUCUCCAUCCCCGGAUGAGAGAGAGAGAGAGAGAGAGAGACGGCUCCGGGAAGAAAGGGAAAGGCUGAAGAGGAGCCCUUCUCUGCCAAGGAAGUUCCCAACGAACUUGACGACUCCGGAUGCUGGGGUCCAGAGGCCCCCAAAGGAGGUCCAAGAACUCAUGGCCUCCAUCUCGUCUUCAUCCACUACAAGGGAUGCACGUCAGGGACAUGGAGGAGGGGGGGGCGCUCCGCCUCCACCCCCCGCACCCUCGUCUGAACUCAUUCACCGGAGGGAAAAGGAGAAGUCCUCGGCACUCGUGGAAUCCCAAAACAAAGCCGGAUCUCCCGUCUAUUACCCUCCCAGCUUUCACGACACCCUUAAGAAGAAGGAGGAACAGAGCGGACAGGUCGUGCCGAUGUGGCACAAGGAGAAGGAGAAGGAGAAGGGGAAAUGGAAAUACGGAACGAAGAGCAAGGAUAGCGAGCGGGCCAUGGCCGUCCCUCUCUGCCUCCCUUUGUGCUGUGCUGCUCCACUCUGUUGCACCAUCAUGUAACAUCACUCCACUCUACAUCCUAAGUAUCGUGCACUCUGUAAUCCACGAAUCUGGAUUCAUCCGAUCCUUCAGAAUCUCACUUCGUCUAAUCAGGGUCUCCUUCACCCUUUUUUUUAAAUGUAUAUUCUCCCUCUCUUCUCUCAUCCUGAUUCUCCUCCUUUUCUCAUGUUUCUUUUUCUUACAUCUCGGCAAUGAUUGAAGUCGAGAAAAAGGGAACUGACCCGGUGAUUCCAAGAGGAAUUCUCAAACGUGCCAAUAUAUUGAAACGAGAGAAAGAGGAUAAAUGCGUGAUGUUAUCGCGGCGGAUGAGUAACUUAUGUGCCUUCUAACUUAUGUGUGUCGAGUCGGUUUCUGUUGCAUGUGCAAAGGAAGAUUUAUCAAGGUCCCUUCCUUUACUAAAAGGUGUUCAUCCUGAAAAUAUUUUAGUUUCGAUGAAUGGAGGAAAGCGUGAAUGAGACUCAUUUGUGUCGUUGGAUUGUUUCAGCAGUGAGAGGACGAUGAAACUCUCACUUAAGAAUACGUCUGUUCAUCGUAUAACGAAUAAAACGAGAGACUGA